AUGGAGGAAGUUUCCGGCGAGGGAAGUUUUAGCUUGACGCCGGAGCUGAGUUUCGGCGAGGCAAACGACAAUGAGCGGCCUAGUGAGGCUCCACAGGCGACCCCCUUAACGAUGUCCGCGUCAUUUAGGGACGGAGGCAAGAGCUCGUCGCGGCGGAGGGCGGCGGUCCGACCGAGUUUAGAUGCAGAUGAGUUCUUAAAUCUGCUACACGGGUCGGAUCCUGUGAAGUUGGAGCUCAAUCGCCUCGAAAAUGAAGUCAGAGAUAAGGAUAGGGAAUUGGGGGAAGCGCAAUCUCAGAUCAAAGCUUUGAAGUCGAAGGAGCGUCGUCGUGAAAUAGCUGUUGAAGAGCUCACUGAAGAAUUGGCGAAGGUGGAGGAGAAGCUCAAGUUAACCGAAUCUCUUUUAGAAAGCAAGAAUCUUGAAAUCAAGAGAAUCAACGAUGAGAAAAAGGCCUCCAUGGCAGCUCAGUUUGCAGCGGAAGCCACUCUUCGAAGAGUUCAUGCUGCUCAAAAGGAUGAUGACAUGCCUCCGAUUGAAGCCAUACUGGCUCCCUUGGAGGCUGAGCUCAAGCUUGCUCGACAGGAGAUUGCUAAGCUUCAGGAUGAUAACAAGGCAUUGGACCGGCUCACUAAGUCAAAAGAGGCUGCUUUACUCGAAGCAGAGAGAGCUGUGCAGGUGGCAUUGGCAAAGGCUUCUAUGGUGGACGAUCUCCAAAACAAGAACCAAGAGUUGAUGAAACAGAUAGAAAUUUGCCAGGAAGAGAAUAAGAUUUUGGAUAAAAUGCAUCGACACAAGGUUGCUGAGGUUGAAAAGCUAACCCAAACUGUACGAGAGCUUGAAGAGGCUGUGCUUGCUGGUGGUGCAGCUGCUAAUGCUGUACGGGACUACCAGCGGAAAGUUCAGGAGAUGAAUGAGGAGAGGAAAACUCUUGAUAGAGAGUUGGCUCGUGCAAAAGUAACGGCAAAUAGGGUUGCAACUGUGGUAGCUAAUGAAUGGAAAGAUGCUAAUGACAAAGUGAUGCCUGUGAAACAGUGGCUUGAAGAAAGAAGGUUUUUGCAGGGAGAGAUGCAGCAAUUACGGGACAAGCUUGUUAUAGCCGAGCGAGCUGCAAAAUCUGAAGCACAGUUGAAGGACAAAUAUCUAUUGCGGAUGAAAGUUCUUGAAGAAACUUUAAGAUCACCGAACACGGCCAUUCGCAGCACUCCGGAUGGCAGAAGUUCAAGCAAUGGUUCUUCACGUCGCCAAUCAUUGGGUGGAGCUGAAAACAUAUCUAAAUUGACUUCCAAUGGCUUUUUACCCAAGAGAUCUCCAUCCUUUCAGCUGAGAUCUUCUGGGAGCAGUACAGUGUUGAAGCAUGCAAAAAGUACAUCAAAGUCUUUUGAUGGUGGCUCACGAUCUUUGGACAGGGGUAAAAUCCUCUUAAAUGCAAUAGGACCUAAUUUCAAGCAAAGUCAGUCCUGUGAUGGAACUAAGGACACCGAGACACAAACUAACACUUGGAAAGGAAAUCAAGAUGAAAAACCCAAUGAUCUGCAAGUAACAGAUACAGAGGAUACCGUGCCAGGGCUAUUAUAUGAUCUGUUACAGAAAGAGGUGGUUGCCUUGAGGAAAGCUGGUCAUGAAAAGGAUCAGAGCCUGAAAGACAAGGACGACGCAAUUGAGAUGCUAGCAAAGAAGGUAGAAACUUUAACUAAGGCUAUGGAAGUUGAGGCUAAAAAAAUGAGAAGGGAAGUAGCCGCUAUGGAGAAGGAGGUGGCUGCCAUGCGUGUGGAGAAAGAACAUGAAAGUAAGGCUAAACGUCUUGGCAAUUCUAAAAGUUCAGUAAACAAUUCUCAGGGGCUCCCUGGAAGGACUUUAUCAAGAAGUGGAUCAGCGCGUAACACGCAAUAA